CCUCCCUGCAGGUGACCCUUGCCCCCCUGGCUGCCACAAGAAGGCUGGGUCCCCUUUCCUCUGGACGUCCUUUCUGUCUCCUGCUGUCAGGGCCCAGUCCUCAAGAUGUUCCUGGAGGAAUAAAAGCCAGAACCAAAGCCUCUAACCUAUUGUCCCCAGUGAUGGGGGCCCCGGUGUGGCAUCUGCUGGCUGCCCUGUAUGUGGGGGUGGUCUUGGGCUGGGUAGGGGGCUCAGUCCCCAACCUAGGCCCUGCUGAGCAGGAGCAGAACCAUUACCUGGCUCAGCUGUUUGGCCUGUACGGAGAGAAUGGGACGCUGACUGCAAGGGGCCUGGCCCGGCUUCUCCACAGCCUGGGGCUGGGCCGAGUUCAGGGGAUUCGCCUGGGACACCAUGGGCCUCCAACUGGUCAUGUUACACCCCUAUCUGGAGACAACCUCACACACAGGCUGCAGGACCCUGAACUGAGUGUGGAUGUCUGGGCAGGGAUGCCUCUGGGUUCUUCUGGGUGGGGUGACCUGGAGGACUCAAAGUCCCCCCACCUACCUCAGGGGCCAGCCCCCUCGGGCCUAGACCUCUUUCACAGGUUUCUGCUGCUGGACCAUUCGUUGGCUGACCACCUGAAUGAGGAUUGUCUAAAUGGCUCCCAGCUGCUGGUCAAUUUUGGCCUGAGCCCUGCCACUCCUCUGACCCCGCGACAGUUUGCUCUGCUGUGCCCUGCCCUGCUUUACCAGAUUGACAGCCGUGUCUGCACUCAAGUCCCAGCCCCUGCCCCUCCAGGAGACCUACUACCUGCCCUGCUUCAUAGUGCCCUGGCAGUCCUGUUGCUCAGCCUCCCUGCUCCCCUCUCCCUGCUGCUGCUGCGGCUCCUGGAACCUCGUCUACUGCCGCCCCUGCUGGGCUUGCUGGGGGCCCUGGCUGUGGGCACCCUUUGUGGGGAUGCGCUGCUCCACCUGCUGCCACAUGCACAAGGAAGACAGCACGCAGGACCUAGCGGGCGACUAGAGGAGGAUCUGGGUCCAGAGCUGUCGGUACUUGGAGGCCUCUUCCUGCUCUUCAUGCUGGAGAACAUGCUGGGGGUUUUGCGGCAAAGAGGGCUCAGGCCAAGAUGCUGCAGACGAAAGAGAAGGGAUCUUGGAACACCAAACCCAGACCCUGAAGACAGCACUGGAAUGGCUCUUUGGCCCCUGCAGGCAGCUCCAGAGCCAGGGGCUCAGGGCCAGAGGGAACAGAACAGCCAGUCCCCACCAACAUCAGCCCCUCAUGGGCACCAAGGCCACAGUCAUGGGCACCAGGGUGGUGGUGGUGCCAACAUCACAUGGAUGGUCCUCCUAGGAGAUGGUCUGCACAACCUCACCGAUGGGCUGGCCAUAGGUGCUGCCUUCUCCGAUGGCUUCUCUAGUGGCCUCAGCACCACUCUGGCAGUCUUCUGCCAUGAGCUGCCCCAUGAAUUAGGUGACUUCGCAAUGCUACUCCAGGCAGGCCUGUCCUUUCGGAGGCUGCUGCUGCUGAGCCUCAUAUCUGGAGCUUUGGGACUAGGGGGUGCAGGCCUGGGGGUGGGGCUCAGCUUGGGCCCUGUCCCCCUCACUCCCUGGGUGUUUGGGGUCACUGCUGGGAUCUUCCUCUAUGUGGCCCUCGUGGACAUGGUGAGAGGUGUGGGAAAGAGCAGGGAAAUCAAAGGAAGUGGGGACCGGGGUCUGGAGGGGAAGGAAGUAUCCGUCCCUCCACAUCCACUGCCAGGUCCCGGAGGGUGCUGGCCCUUAGGCCCACCAACCGGACAAGGAACCAAAGUGUUUGGGUGGGGGCUGAUUCUGGCACCUCCUCAGGUUGAGGUCACAGCCGAGGCCAGAAACCCUCCUCCCUCCCUGUACUGGGGACUGAACCAGGACCCUGCGCUUACAAGGCAGGCGUGGUGCCACUGAGCUACAUCCCAGCCCUCAAGGCCAGAUCUUAAUGCUCUUCUUUUCUUUCAGCUACCAGCCCUGCUUCGUCCUCCUGAGCCCCUACCUAUGCUCCAUGUGCUACUGCAGGGGCUGGGGCUCCUGCUGGGGGGCAGCCUCAUGCUUACCAUAGCCCUGCUGGAGGAACAGCUGUUGCCCCUGGUCUCUGAUGGCUGAUGGGGGCCAGGGCAAGGGGUCCAGAGUGCUCUUCCUUCCCCCCAACCACAGGAAUGGAGGCGGGACACAGGGCCAGUAGGAGCAAUAGGAUUUUAAUAAACAGAACCCAUCCCAAA